GAUGGGAGCGCACACAGCGGCACCAUCACGGCCGAAGACGCUGGAGAAACACAGAAAGGGAGAAAACCCAACCGGCACCACUAACACCAGUGCUGUGGAGGAACAUGGGAUAAUGGAACAGAUCGUCCCCCCCGCACCGGCUCCCUCCUCCGCGUGAAGACCCCGCGCCUCCGAUGGUGUCGUCGCUCCGCGUUUUGCGCUUUUUCACGCGUCCUCCUUGAAGCGCUGCGGGUACAAAGGCGCCUUGGUCCCGAGGAGCAGCAGCGGCAGCGCCCGGGAUUCAUGGACAACAUGGAGUGAAGCCUCCUCCUCCUCCUCCACCUUCACACGGGGACAGUGAGUCAACCAGGACUGAUAGAAAAACACUUUCUCCUCUUUUCUCCCCCCCCCCCCCCCUGAGAUCCACAUCCCCCUGGUCACAAAGACACCAGCUGUCAAGAGAUUUUCAUUUAGAUUUUUUUUUUUUUUACUCCUCCUCUGAAAGUGCCCUUUUUGUGGAAUAAUGCAUGAGAAACACCAAGUUAGCUCCAGUUUGUUAUUCCUCUGUCUGCGCCGCCCGUUCCCAGUGGUUCCAGUGACUGACCAGCCGGUUUCUCUUGUUCAGAAUGGGAUGUAUUGUGGCGCCCGCGCAGCCCACGACAAGUGUCAGCGAUUAGACAGUGUGUUGGUGGACGGGUUUCCUCAAGGCCUGCUCUGAACACGGCCCCUGCUCUGCUGCUGGAGCUGGACAUUGUUAUUGGGAAGGACUCAGUGUUGGACAGGGACAAUCUGCGUGUGUCCUUGGCACCUUCCCUCCCUCCCUCCCUCCCCUUCUGCGUGAGUCGGGGGGGAUCGUUCUCAGGAAGAGAUUGGUGGAACAAUAUGGUGGAACCCGUUGGAUUCAUGGAGGCGUGGAAAGCACAGUUCCCAGAGUCAGAGCCCCCCAAGAUGGAGCUGAGGUCAGUAGGGGGCAUCGAGCAGGAGCUGGAGAGGUGCAAGGCGUCCAUCAGGCGUCUGGAGCAGGAGGUGAACAAGGAGCGAUUCCGCAUGAUCUACCUGCAGACCCUCCUGGCCAAAGAGAGGAAGAGCUACGACAAGCAGCGGUGGGGCUUCAGGAAGACGCCGCUGAGCGAGGGGAUGGACCCCGCAGCCACACAGGGUGCGGAGUCCCAACAGCCACACAUGCAGGAGACUGGUGGGGUUGGAAUAGGAGUUGGUGGUGGAUGUUAUGGCGGCGGUGGUGGUGUUGUAGGUGGUGGUGGGUCCACCAUGGAGAGGACUCGCUACCAGCCUCUUGGAGAUGGUACAGGCAGGACCAAACCGAGACCUCCACCUGCCAGAAAGUCAGCGUCCCACGGAGACGGACUGGAGUCGGCGUUUGACGUGCCCCAGCAGGUUGAGUCCACAUCCUGCGACAACCUGGACGGCCUCUCGCCCUCCAAGCAGAGAGGCGGCGUCUCGGUCUCUCCCCGCAGGCCCACCCUUCCACCCCCAGACAAAGAUCUGCCCACUGAUCCCAAGGACAAGCUUGGCAUGGGUCUUGGUGUGGCAGCUCUUAGAUCCAACUUUGAGAGGAUCAAACGGGCCAACUCUCACUCUUCAGGGGAUGUAGCGAAGGGUCAGGAGAAGCAACUACCGCCACCACCGCCGCCAUUUUACACUAACAUGGAAUUCCACCACGAGAGGGGUCUGGUAAGGGUCAAUGACCGUGAAGUCUCUGACAAGAUCAGCUCCCUGGGCAGCCAGGCCAUGCAGAUGGAGCGAAAGAGAUCUCUCCACUCCCUCCCAGGUAACCUGGCUACUGUAGCUGGGGAGCUCCGUGCGAGGCCUGUGUACAGAGGACGUUCCACUGAGAGCACCUGCGGCUACGACGCAGAAUAUGAAGAUGGAGAGCCCAAUCAGAGACAAAGGGCCAAUGGGGGCAAACCUCCGCCCCCGCCUUGGCAGCCCUCUGACUUCCAGGCAUACUCCAGUGUCUAUGUUGGUGGGGUGAUGAUGGGCGAAGGUGGGGUUGGAGGUGGUACCGGGGUCACGAUGAGAGACCAUGGGGUAGGAGACGACCACCUCCUGACCUGGCCACGCCGCUCCUACUCCCCAGGUAGUUUUGAAGAUGUCGGUGGAGGCGGCGGCUACACGCCGGACUGCAGCUCCAACGAGAACCUGACGUCCAGCGAGGAGGACUUCUCCUCUGGCCAGUCGAGCCACGUCUCACCCAGCCCCACCACGGCCUUCCGUCGGCCCUUCAGAGAGAAGAGCCGCUCGCCGUCCCAGAACUCCCAGAACUCCCAGCACUCGUUGGACAGCAGCAGCCCGCCGACGCCGCAGUCCCAGAAGCGGCAUCACCGGCAGCAGGGAGGCCACGUGGUCAUGUCUGAGGCCACUAUUGUGAGUGUGCGCAAGACCGGUCAGAUCUGGCCACCUGCUGCGCAUCAUGACCUCCUGCCCCACGGCAGAACAUCCCACGACAGCAGUUUCCAUGGAGACCACCUAGAUGGUCACUUCACCGGGACCCCCCCCUCAUACGGUUACGAUGCAGACCGCGCCGAGGAGCAGCGGCGGCACCACGACAUCCUGCCGUACAUCGAUGACUCGCCGUCGUCUUCGCCGCACCUCAGCUCCAAGAGCCGCAGCAGCCGGGACACCCUCUCCUCGGGGUCGCUGGAGUCCUCCAAAUCGACUGAAUGUGACCUGGAGAAAGGUUUGGAGAUGAGGAAGUGGGUCCUGUCUGGGAUCUUGAACACAGAGGAAUCGUACCUCAGUCACCUGGAGGCUCUGCUGCUGCCCAUGAAGCCUCUGAAGGCUGCAGCCACGACGUCGCAGCCCGUGCUCACCGUGGCCCAGAUAGAAACCAUCUUCUUCAAAGUGCCUGAGCUGUACGAGAUCCACAAGGAGUUCUACGACGGACUCCUGCCCCGCGUGCAGCAGUGGAGCCACCACCAGAGAGUCGGGGACCUCUUCCAGAAACUGGCCAGCCAACUCGGAGUUUACCGAGCGUUUGUGGACAACUACGAGCUGGCCGUGGAGACGGCGGAGAAGUGCUGCCAGGCGAACACACAGUUUGCAGAAAUCUCCGAGAACCUGAAGGUGAGGAGCCCCAAAGACUGCAAGGACCAGACGGGCAAGAACUCACUAGAGGCUUUACUAUAUAAACCAGUGGACAGAGUAACACGUAGCACAUUGGUACUUCAUGACUUACUCAAACACACGCCCACGAGCCACCCGGACCACGCUCUGCUGCAGGACGCUCUGCGCAUCUCCCAGAACUUCCUGUCGAGCAUCAAUGAGGAGACGACACCCCGGCGCCAGUCUAUGACCGUCAAGAAGGGAGAGAACAGGCAGCUGCUGAGGGACAGUUUCAUGGUGGAGUUGGUGGAAGGAGCCAGGAAGCUGCGACACGUCUUCCUCUUCACGGAUCUGCUGCUCUGCGCCAAACUGAAAAAGCAGAUCGGGGGAAAAAGCCAGCAGUACGACAGCAAGUGGUACAUCCCCCUGACGGAACUGACCUUCCAGGGUCCGGAGGAGACCGAACCACUCGCCAUCCCCCAGGUCCCCGAUGAGGAGCUUGAUGUCAUGAAGGUCAAGAUCUCACACCUCCGCAGUGAGAUUCAGAGAGAGAAGAGAGCCAACAAGGGUUCAAAGGUCAUCGACCGGCUCAGGAAGAAGUUGUCCGAACAGGAGUCUCUUCUCCUGCUGACAUCUCCGAGCUUGCCGAUCCGCGUCUACAACAAGAACGGAAAGGGUUACAGCUUCCUGAUUUCAUCUGACUACGAGCGUGCCGAGUGGAAGGAGCUAAUCAAAGAGCAGCAGAAGAAAUGUGUUAAAACAUCUUCCUUGACGUCCAUGGAGCUACAAAUCUUGACCAACUCCUGUGUCAAGCUACAGACCGUUCACCACAUUCCACUCAGCAUCAAUAAAGAAGAGGACGAAUCCUCCGGCCUCUGCGGGUUCCUGAAUGUAAUCGUCCACUCUGCCUCCGGCCUCAAACAGAGCUUAAAUCUCUACUGCACAUUGGAGGUGGAUGCCUUUGGCUUCUUUGCAAGUAAAGCCAAGACGAGAGUGUAUCGAUACACCACUGAACCCAAAUGGAACGAGGAGUUUGAGAUUGACCUGGAGGGCUCUCAGACCCUGAGGCUGCUCUGCUACGAGAAGUGCUACAACAAGACCAAGCAGAACAAAGAGGAUGGAGAGGGCUCAGACCGCAUCAUGGGGAAAGGACAGAUCCCGCUGGACCCUCAGACUCUCCAAGGCAAAGACUGGCAGAGAACAGUUAUUCCCAUGAACGGGAUCGAGGUGAAACUCUCCAUAAAGUUCACCAGCCGAGAGUUCAGCCUGAAGAGGAUGCCCUCGCGGAAACCGAUGGGUGUGUUUGGAGUCAAGAUCUCCACAGUGACCAGACGAGAGCGCUCCAAGGUGCCCUACAUUGUCCGGCAGUGCCUAGAGGAGAUUGAAAGGAGGGGUAUGGAGGAGGUGGGCAUCUACCGAGUGUCGGGGGUGGCCACUGAUAUUCAGGCCCUGAAGACGGCCUUCGAUACCAAUAAUAAAGACGUGUCAGUGAUGAUGAGCGAGAUGGACGUCAACGCCAUCGCCGGGACCUUGAAGCUGUACUUCAGAGAGCUGCCGGAGCCGCUCUUCACGGAUGACCUCUAUCCCAACUUCGCAGGUGGCAUCACUCUGUCUGAUAGUGUUGCCAAAGAGAGCUGCAUGUUGAACCUACUGCUGUCGCUGCCAGAGCCCAACCUGGUCACAUUUCUAUUCCUUUUGGAUCACAUGAAGAGGGUGGCAGAGAAGGAAUGCGUCAACAAGAUGUCACUCCACAACCUGGCGACCGUGUUCGGGCCGACCUUGCUGAGGCCUUCUGAGAAGGACAGCAAGAUCCCAGCGAACCCCACGCAGCCCAUCAGCAUGGGCGACAGCUGGUCACUGGAAGUUAUGGCACAGGUACAGGUGCUGCUGUAUUUCCUCCAGCUGGAGACCAUCCCCACCCCGGACAGUAAACGACAGAGCAUCCUCUUCUCCACUGAAGUAUAGAGCAAACACCGGCUGUGACACCAUAAAGGAGAGAAACGGACGAGAUGGACCUUGGCUCAAACUGAGCCUGUAGUAGUAUGUUGUUUUUUUUAAUGACCAGAUUCCGUUAGGCUCUUGCAGCUGGUUAAGGAUUGUCUGUGGCGAUGCCCGCUCCUCUUGAACACAAGAGGGCGUCGUUGAGCCUCUGAAGCUCAGUGUGCGGUCCUCUGUCUUCAUACUGCUCAUGUUUAGUAUGACUCCAUGUUUCCUCAGUGAUGUUGUGGGUGUGUCUGACAUCUACUGUUUCUCCACGUUGCCCUUUGUCGGACUCAGCAUUGAAGUGAGGCGAAAAAACACGUCUUUCCUGAGUCGUGGGACAAGCUCGCCAACAUAUCACAACCUCCAUGUAUCUUUGUGUUUGGGCAUUGUUCUCUAUCUGUGUUUUCUGUUUUGGGACAAUCAUCCACGUCAAGGCUCUCACAAAACAUGUCUAUUCGUCUCAGAAGUCCUUCCACGUCCACGUUGAGGAAAAUUCUACUUGUGUCUUACAUGAUCUCAGUGCUUUGUGUCCGACGAGACGCAGGGACACAUUUGCCGCGUCACUGGCUUUUUUCUUUGUGGUACAAAAGCAGACACCUACAAUGUUCAAAUGUUUACAGCGUAAACAAAACCUGUUCAGAGUCGGAACAAGGCGACUCGAAGAAGGACUGUAAAACAGAAGAGGAACACGAAGACUCGAAAUAACCUGCAACCUGACUGCCAGCGGUUUGUCUGACCACAAAGAUUUUUCCCUACUUGUGUUGUUUGUGUCUCCAGGUAGUCUUCAGCGUAAAUACCCAGGAAGCAAUAUAUUUUCUAACAUAAGAGUCGUCUGUGUUCAUAUCCCUGCUGAGGAAAUGUCCUUCUUAUUGUAACAUAGGACCUCUUUGCCAAAUUCCCAUGUUGUUUGUUUGUUUCUAGGCAAAAAGGAAGCAGUUGUAUUUACAGUUACAGUUUGUACAUAAUCUUUACAAAGAAAAUAAGUUUUUUUUGUUAAACAAUUUAAUCAUUGUUGCUAUUACUGUAAUUUAUUUUCGGGCCUGGGGGAUAAAUUGGUUUGUUUUUA